CGCCCUAAAAACUCGUGGCUCAGAACGCCUCUCUCUCUCUCUCUCUCUCUGCGAGUUAGAGAGAAGCAUGGUGGCACUGACAUGAGAUCGGAGUACCCGCGGGAGUCGGAGCUAAUGGCAGGAACGACGGUUGGCGGCGAAACGACGGCGAUCUCUGACGCCACAGAUCCCCCUAUUUAAGCUCUUCAGGACGGCCGCCGCACUUUCGGAGAGCCUCCUGCCGACCCCGGAGGAAGGGGCGCCGGCAGGAGGCGUGGAGAAGAAAGCAGCGAUGGGGGAGAUGGUAGUCCCAGAUGCUUCUCCGACGACGGAACCCGAAGAUGGAGAAAAGGAUUCACGCAAAGAAGUAAAAGUUAGGGAAGUCAACAACGCUAAGGUGAUUGUCCCUGAUGAAGGAGAUCAGGAUGUUCCAAUUAAUUCUGCUGUUGUGAACAGCAAGGAUGAGAACAACCAUAAAGAAUCAACUGAACUAGGAAAAGCAGUGUUUGAUUCCAAACUUGUGGAUAACAAUUCUGAUGCUGAAGGUUCUGAACAUGAGAAGGUCCUCAAGAAGCCAGAUAAACUUCUGCCAUGUCCUCGCUGUGACAGUAUGGAUACAAAAUUUUGUUACUAUAACAACUACAAUUUUAAUCAACCUAGACACUUCUGUAAGAAUUGUCAGAGAUAUUGGACUGCUGGGGGAUCUAUGAGGAAUGUUCCUGUUGGUGCUGGGAGGCGUAAAAGUAAGCAAUCUGUAUUGCAGCACCGUCAAAUAAUAAUGCCGGAAGAUGGAUUCCAAUCUCGUCAACUUGAAACCCCUGAUUUGACACAUCAUCAGAUUCUUCCUGACAGGGCUUCUGCUCCUGCAAGAUCUUUAAAUGGAGAAGGAACUAUCCUUAAGUAUGGAACAAAAUUACCUCUUUGUGAGCCCAUGGCUUCAACGCCUAAUGUGAGCUCUAAGUUAUAUGGUGACAACAGGGAAGGGCCUUCAUGUUCAUCAUCCAUAACCGUCCCAAGUUUUUUAGAAAAUGGAUUAGCAGGUAAAUUGAUUCCCGUUGUACAAAAUGGUACGCUGGGCUAUGGCUCUGGAAUUCCACCAAUGUCUCAGUUUCCAUGUCACACUCUGGCUCCUUGGGCAUACCCUUGGAAUCUAGGAUGGACAAAUAUUGCUCCAGUGCUGGCUGGUGGACACACGCCAGAUUUUGUCCCUGGGCCUGCUAAUAGUAAUCCAAAUGCACCAUGGAGUUCCCCAACUAUGCCACCAACAGCAGCCUUUUGUCCACCAAUUCCUUUGCCUUCCUUCUGGGGAUGCACAUACAACUGGCCUAAUGGAGCAUGGAAUUUGCCAUGGCUUGGGUUCAAUAACCUGAUUUGUGGACCACCCUCCCCAAUCAAUAAUGGGUUUUCAGAUUAUGAUUCUCCAACCCUAGGGAAGCAUUCUAGAGAUGCCAGUUUACAUGUCGAAGAGAAGUCAAUAUUGAUUCCUAAAACCAUUAGGAUAGAUGAUCCAAAUGAGGCAGCAAAGAGUUCAAUAUGGGCCACUCUUGGAAUUAAGCCAGAAGUUGGCAUUUUCAAACCAUUCAGAUCCAAGUCUGCAAACAAAGGCCAGAUAUCAGAUGCUGCACAGGUAUUGCAGGCAAAUCCUGCUGCUGUAUCGCGAUCUCAGUCCUUUCAGGAAAGCUCAUAAGAUACAAAACAGUGUUUAGCAGUAAUUUGGGUAAGUAGUUGUAUUUACAAAUGAAAAAAAAAAAAAUUGUGCCUUGUUUAAGAAUGUAUAAGCUGCUUAGUCUUGUGGCUUCAAUAUACCACUUGAUGCAUUCAUAUGUACAAAUAUAUGGCUGGUGUCUAGGGUGAAGCUGGAUUUUUAGGAGCAAACCUUCCAUAAAGAUCCAAUUGAAGUUGCCAACUUGUUACGAAUUUACUUUAGUCCAAAAUUUUAUGUCGUACACAGUAUGAGAAUGAUGGUGUCAGUCUUUUUCUUCAGAACUGUUAUUAUA